AUGUCUCAAGCCAAGAUGCUCGAAGGCGUCUCCGAGACCGACCUCAAGCGCUUCGCUCUCUGCUGGUUGACCGGCGACCGCAGCGGCACCAACUGGGAAGCUGCCUCUCAAGCCUACAACCCAGAGUCCAAGACUGAGAGCUUCAAGACCGUCACCGGCAAGGCCGCCACCAAGGUUCUCAAGAACGCGGACGCACCAGCCACCAAUGGCGACGGCGAGGCUCCUGCUGCGAAGCCGAAGAAGGCGGCCGGUGGCAAGCGCAAGAAGGCCGCUGCUGAGGAGGGAGAGGGUGAUGCUGCCGAAGAGAAGCCAAAGGCGAAGAGGGGCAAGGGUGCUGCUAAGGCUAAGAAGGCCAAGUCGCCUGCUGCUGUCACUGAGGAGGAAGAUGAUGAGAAGAACGACGACGUCAAGCCCGAGGAGAAGGAGGAGAGCGAGGAGCUGGUCUAA